UUACCCAAACCUGCUCAACCUACCCAUUUUGCCUUCUACUUAUAUAAAACCUGCUUUGCAAGUUUGAACCCAUUAGAUGCACAAUGGAAGGAGGAGUGAGAAGGAUUAAGCUUGGAUCUCAAGGUAUGGAAGUAUCAGUUAUGGGAUUAGGAUGCAUGAGCUUGACUGCUAGUGCCUAUGGACCUGCCAAACCCAAAGAAGACAUGAUCAAAAUCAUCCACCACGCCGUUAAAUCCGGCAUCACUCAUCUUGACACCUCCGACUGCUACGGCUCUCACGCCAACGAAAUCCUCAUUGGCAAGGCGUUGAAGGGACUGGAAAGAGGAAGUGUGCAACUGGCAACGAAAUUUGGUAUCAAAUCGUUGGUAGACUGUGAAGUAUGUGGUGAUCCGGAGUAUGUUAGAGCUUGUUGUGAAGCAAGUUUGAAACGCCUUGAUGUCGAUUACAUUGAUCUGUAUUAUGUCUAUUGUGUAGAUUCUCGUGUUCCUAUCGAGAUCACAAUGAGAGAACUCAAGAAACUGGUUGAAGAGGGUAAAAUCAAAUAUAUAGGUUUAUCUAAGGCCUCACCUUCCACCAUCAGAAGAGCCCAUUCUGUUGAUCAUCUAAUUACAGCUGUGCAGUUAGAGUGGUCACUAUGGACUAGAGACCAUGAAGAAGAAGUAAUUCCAACUUGCAGAGAAUUAGGUAUUGGGAUUGUUCCGUCCUUACCUCUCGGAGGAGGGUUCCUUGCUUUGGGUCCGAAGUUGGUGGAGGGCAUGCUAGAUGAAGAUCUUAGGAAGUACAAUCCAAGAUUACAAGGAGAGAAUCUUGAACACAACAAGAUCUUGUUUGAGCAGAUUCAUAAGAUUGCAGAGAAGAAAGGGUGCACCAUGUCUCAGUUGGCAAUGGCAUGGCUCCUGCACCAAGGGACUGACCUGAGUCCCAUCCCAGGCUCCUCAAAGAUGGAGAACUUUAACCAAAGCAUUGGUGCUUUGUCUGUCAAACUCUCACCAUAGGACAUGGUUGAGCUUGAAUAUAUAGCUUCAGUUAAUGCUUUCAAGGGAAGUAGAUUUCCUCCCAAAUUCUUGGUUCUUUCAAACGUCGAGACUCCACCUUUGUCAUCAUGGAAAUAAGUCGCUCGAUUUUUAAACUAAAAUGGUGAACAAAUAUAUUAUGAUUGAUCAUGUAUACUAUAAUCUAGUUGGGAAUUGUU